GAGAAACCAACUGCUUAACCUCCGCCGGAGACGGGGACUUGAGGAAGAAGAUGAAGAUGAAGAUGAAGAUAGAGGACGUUAUAGAGUCGGAGGCGGAAUCUGAGUCACAAAGAUUCAUCUUUAGCUUAACUGAGGGAUAUGGAAGAUCAUCUCAAGUCUUACACUCAAAGCGAGAAGAAAUGCUUCUCCACAAAAUUCAUCAGCAUUUUUGUUUCCUCCUUGUUUCUGGUUUUCAUCCUCUUUCACAUUCAAUACUCAUCCCCUUUUGAUUUCACCUUAUCAGCAACGUCCCAAAGAUGGGCUUUUCUUUCCCAAGAGAAUAACUCUGAUGUCAUUGAGACCAUGACUGCAGAACUCAAAGACUCUGUCACUUUCCUUCCCCUCACGGACCUUAGAUUUAGAGAAACGGCCACAACUGGCCACACCUGGUUUAUGAGCUCUUUGAACGACACACUUGAGGAAAAUGAAGCAGAACACUUGUAUUUCCCUUCUAAGGCAUCCAAAGGACGGCUUCUUUGCUUUAAGGGACGGGAUAUUAGGGAUGGCACAAAGAAUUCAUAUGCGUUGGCAUGGCGAGAAGGUCUUCCAGACUCUGCUAUUCUACUGGAAGGCUUAACUUUUGUAUCAGACACAUAUUACGACCACCAAAAUCUGUGGCAUGGAUUAUCUGCAAUGGCCCAUCUAGUGAGAUGGUCAAUGAAAAAUGAAUGUUUGAAGCCAUCAAGAUGGGUGCUAUUCCAUUGGGGAGAACUGAGAUUAAGAAUGGGAUCAUGGAUUCAACAACUUAUGCAAGCGAAUUUUGGUGAGGUCAAGGUGGAAGGAUUUGAUAGAGGAGAUGUACCUUACUGUUUUGAGAAAGCCAUUGUCACGAGGCAUGAUCUAGGCCAAAUGAGGCAGGACACUAAGCUGAAGGUGUUUGACCUGCUCCGCUGCAAAGCUAGGAGUUACUGUGGACUUAAUCCUGCAGGAAAAGGUAGAGAGCUAAAUGAAAGAGGAUUUCCAAUUAUAAGACUUACACUGCUGAUGAGAAGAGCUUCUCGCUCAUUCAAGAAUGCAACUGCUGUGACUGGUAUAUUUGCAAAGGAAUGUGCAAGGGUCGAAGGCUGCAUUCUGCAUGUAGUGCAGUCAGAAGAUUUAUCUUUCUGCGGCCAGGUUAAAGUGCUGACCAACACUGACAUUGUUGCAUCUCCACAUGGAGCACAAUUAACUAAUAUGCUCUUCAUGGACCGGGAGAGCAGUGUAAUGGAAUUCUUCCCAAAGGGUUGGUUAGAGAAUGCUGGCCCAGGCCAAUAUGCUCACCACUGGAUGGCGAAUCAAUCAGGGAUGAAACAUCAAGGUGCAUGGUGGGAUUCAAUAGGCGAGGAGUGUCCAUCUCCACAAGAUCAUCUGCAGUGCUUCCAUUUUCAUAAAGAUGGGAUGGUUGGACACAACGAAACCUAUUUUGCAGAUUGGGCUAGAAGAAUCAUUCAUCAAGUUAAGCUAAGCAAGGUGGAGCAAGCCUCUGUUGAUCAAGCAAACAAGCAACAAAAUGAUUCAAAAGCAUGUGUAUGCUAGGCCUUCUGUUAAAGCAUUGAAUAGAACAACUAAGGGUAAAAUCAAAUGUAUACACUCUUUUGCCUGACAUCAUUAUCUGCAAAACAGGCUCUGAUGUUUAAACAGAUGAAUUAUAUGAUCAGAAACCCAAGUUUGAUUUUCCGACUUCUGGAAAAUCCAGUGAAUUA